AUGAGUACACAAACAGUAUUUAGAAUAAAUAAGGGAACAUCCUAUGAAGACAUCAGUGUUAACAAGGAAGAAAUCCCAGUUCCUGCUGCGAACGAAGUAUUAAUCAAAGUGAAAGCUGUCUCUUUAAAUUACAGAGAUAUUGCUAUCUCAACUGGGGCAUAUCCUUUCCCAGUCAAGCGUGAUGUUGUACCUUGUUCCGAUGCAUCAGGCGAGGUUGUGUCCUUUGGACAUAAUGUAAGGGGUUUUGAAGUUGGUGAUAAGGUGGUUUCUAACUUUGAUAUUACUAACCUUUACGGCCCUCAGCAGGAUUGGGAAGGGGGAUUAGGCGGGCCCAUUGAUGGUGUCUUGAGGGAAUAUGUCACUUUACCCUAUGAGUCUGUUGUCAAAGCACCUUCCUCUCUGAAGCUUUCCUUUGAACUGUUGGCAAGUUUAGUCUGUACUGGAACAACUGCCUGGAAUGCAUUGUAUGGUAAUAACCAAUUAAAGCCAGGCCAGAUCGUUUUGUUACAAGGAACUGGAGGUGUCUCUAUGACAGGAUUAUUAUUAGCAAAGGCAGCUGGCGCAAUCACUAUUCUUACUUCAUCUUCUGAUGAAAAGCUUGAGAGAAUCAAAGCGAAAUAUGGUGUGGAUUACACAGUUAAUUAUAAAAAGUUUCCUAAAUGGGGUGAGGCUGUUAACCAAAUGAUUGGUAAAAACAGAGUUGAUUAUAUUUUUGAAAACGGAGGUUCUGGUAACAUAGAACAAUCUAUUGAAUGUAUAGCAUAUGGGGGACAGAUUGGAAUUAUCGGGUUUCUUAACGUGGCUAAACAAUCAGAAAUGCCUGACGCUGUUGCCUUGGCAUUAUCUAAAGGUUGCGUUAUGAGAGGUAUCGCAGUGGGUUCCAAGCAGCUUUUGGAAGAGUUGAUGAGGUUUGUUAACUCUAAAGGGUUAUCAAUUCCGGUAGAUAAAUCUUUCAAAUUUUCUAAACCUGAGGUUAUUGAAGCUUAUAAGCAUCUUCAAAGCGGAAGUCAAGUUGGAAAAGUAUGCGUUACACUCGACUAG